AUGGUUUUAUGGAAAGACUUGAUACAAUCAUAUUUCGGUCAUAUUAUUUACGAGAACUUAGAAUCUUCUUUAGCGACUCAAAGCAUUCAGAGAACUGAACAAGAAAGAAAGGAAAAAAAAGGCUUUAAGAUUUUUUUCUCUACUUUAGAAAUCCCACUGGCAAACGCCCUUGAUUUUGACUUCUUUUACAAUCCAUUUGCCGUUUGUUCAUCUCACAAAUGUGCUUUUCAUUUCAUUACAAGCAAUGAGGGAAGAGAUAGAAAGAAAGAAUGA